UCAAGCGUCACCACUCUGGGCUGCAAUUUCAUGAGUGCGCUUUUCUUGCCGGAGACCGUCCCGUCCCGUCAAAAGGAGGAACAGAGUCGCUGUGACGCUCAAUGGGGACUCUUCUAUGAAGGACAAUAAAGCAGAUGUCUGUUCCCGUCAGCGUGGGUUGUGUAUAUUCGUGGUGUAGUGGAGCUGCACGCGCCGACCUGACCAACGUCGCUGUGCUGGUGUUGUUGCUGUCACCCAGCAGCAGCCAACAUGGCUGAGGAUGACACUGAAUGGGUUGUAGAGAGCAUCGUUGGCUACCUGGGAAGUCCUGAAUGGGUCAUUCCUCUCACGGAGUUUAUGGAAAACAAAUGCACAGUUUUUGAUGACGAAGAUGAAAAUAAGUUAGCAUACACAGACAUCCACCAGCAGUAUAAGAAAUUGGUGGAGAGGUUGUUGGGGAAUUACAUGCAAGAGGUUGGCAUCAACGAGCAGCAGUUUCUGGAUGCAUGUACUUCUCCUUUUGCCAAGUCCAAAACACUGCAGUCGGUGUUCCAGCCAGUUCUGGCGACAGAUGACUUCCAGAUAUUUCGCUCACUGAUGGCCCAUAAGAACAUGGAGCUGCAGCUUCAAGCCCUCACAGUCAUUAAAGAAAGGAACGGGACCCUCCCAGAGUGUCUGACUGAUGGUGUGGACGUGAUGACAGAGUUGCAGGAUCAAGAGAUGAAAAUCCUGCAGGAGGUUCUCAAAAAGUCAAAAGAGGAGUAUGAUGAGGAAAUGUCCAGGAGGCUGCUAUUAGAGGGAGAGGUUGGUUCCACCUCCAGCAGCUGCUCUGAUAAGCCAACGGCAGAAGUGCACAAUACCACCUCUGCUCCCAGCCAAGAAAGCAACGCUGCCAAGGAGAAAGGUGACAGCAGCCGCAGUAAUGGUCACCUCGCCACUCUAGUGAACGGAAACACUGCCACUGAAUUGAAUCUGGUCAACGACAAACCUGUCACAAAAGGGGAGAGCAAGGCGGCUGCCCGAGGAGGUGGAGAUAAGAAAAGUGCAGCUAAGAGCAGCUCCGCAUCUAAACCUACACCAGAUUGUGGCAGUAACGGUGUGGAGCCAAGAGUCCUUCCAGCAGUGAGAGCUCCAGUAAAGUGCAGUGAACCCCCCGUCAGCCUCAGCAGCAGCCAGACCGCAGCUGAAGUGUGGCUGGAGGAGGCACACAGGGAGGCGGGCUUCUCUAAGCCCUUCACUGAGUUGUCAGCGUCUCAGCAGGAGCAGCUCCAGCAGAGGGCGGCAUAUCUGCGUCAGCAGCGAGACAAGCUGCAUGCACUGAAAAAAGACCAGCAGAAAACCAAGCAGACCACCGCACCAGUGGAGACGCCCACCCCCGCCCCGGAGGCAGUGGGGCAGUCCCAGAGUAAUGGGGUCUGUACCCCUCCUCCUCCUCUUCCUCCUGCUCCUCUCGCUCCAGCACAACACUCUGCUAACUCUUCCAAACAGAAGGAGAUAUCUGCUGAGGAGAGGAAGAAGCUCCAGAAGAGAAAACAUCUUGCCGACAAGCUGAAAGAGGAAGUAAUCAACAAAUAACUUCCCUUCCAACUGCCAUAUUCUCAUGUAUAGCCUAUCUGAUCCUGGUUAUCAAGCUUCCUUUACUCUGCCUCCUUCAGCCAGAUCAUUCACUUUGCGUAACACAGACCAGUUUUUUUUCCAAAGAAACACAGAAAGUAUGAGAUCUUCCUUCUUCAGAGGCAGAAUAUGAAUAUUAUUUUAUAUUUUGGAUGUACCAGUAUUUGGCAGUCUCCACUCACAUGAGCACACCCACGUAUUCUAGCAUGUGUUUGACUGAGCAAGUUCAGGGAAACUGAAAAACACAGACCAGUGAGGCAAUAAUAUACACUGGACACACCUGGGCGCUCACUGGCUGCACCACAUUCAUUUUAAUGACAUUCUGGAGAGUCCGAAUUCUUAAUGCAUAAUUUAUGGUCUAUAUAAAAUGUGCACAUAGCAUGUACACUACUUCAAUCUUACAAAGCAGUGCUUCUCUAUCGAUAGUGUAAAUGUUUAUUAUGCAACACUACACUGGCAAUGCAAAAAUGCAACAUCAUGAUUCAGAACUCACAUUGAUUUCGGGAGCGAUUUUUGGACACAACUCUGGGCUCGUUUCUUUGUCGACGUCAAAAAGGUCGUAAAGUGUGAAACUCAACGUCAGGCACCGCUGGCCCGGAGUUUGUGUCCGAGAGCUUUAAUGUUGAGGUGAAGGUAACGUUAGCUAGCAGAAGUGUACAGUCUCGUCUUAAGUGUUCCCAGUCGGCUGCUGCAUCACGCAGCCGAUAACACUGUAGCCGCUCGUCUUAGUCAAAGAGCACCGUGGAAGUCGUUAAGAUGAACACUGUCACGUGACCACGAAGGGGGGGCCAAGAGAACAGUGUGUCGCUUUCCACGAGGAGUCCAGUAUUUCAUGUACGCCGUUUAAUAAAUCACAUUUUAUAGAAACAA